UCGUUCUCUAGUUAAAAGCAAUGUGAUCUGCACCGAGACCACAAUGACAAUAGAGCUUGAGAAAGCUUCUCUCCCCGGACACCAUGCGGACCAUCUGAGGCUCAACGACGCCACCAACACCGCCUGCCGCCUGAAGUCCAACACCACCCAUAUCUUUGCCGUCAUCCCCCUCAACGAUUGUGGGACCGACAUCGAGGAAGACGACAUUAACCUCAGGUUCAAGAACGCAAUCACCACGUUUGACAACGUGGCCGACGUGAUCACCAGGAAGCACCUGCUGGAGGUGGACUUCUACUGCCAGUACCCCAAACGUGGGAAUGUGACGCAGGUCUUCACGGCACACAGGCCCAAGAUCGAAGUUUGGGACAAGGGCUUUGGCACGUUCACCUACCAGUUUGAGUUCUAUCCCAACGACCAAUACCUCACCGCCAUCGAUCCCAGCACAUACCCGCUGGUGUAUGUUCUGGGGAGCAGGAUCUUCAUGCAGAUUGAGGCCACCUCCUCCAUCAAUAACACCGUGCUGUUCGUGGAGUCCUGCAGAGCUACGCCAUAUGACAACCAGAACUACCAACAAACCUACUCCAUCAUCGAGAACGGGUGUAACGUGGAUCAGACUGUUGAAAUCCACUCCACCUCCCACCAGAGACAAUUCCAGUUCAGCAUGGAGGCCUUCAAGUUCAUCGGCUCGCACGAUCAGGUGUACAUCAGCUGCACGGUCCUGAUGUGUGAAGCAGGAAGCCCCAAAACCAGGUGCUCUCAGGGAUGCGUCAACUCCACAAAGCAGAGCGGUUGGCCUGCUGCUCACCACCACAGGAAGAGAGAGCUCAUCGCUCAAGGUCAAAGGCACUUUGUUUCCCAGGGUCCCUUGCGCCUGGGGAGAUCAGCGGAGGACAACAAAAGCCCAGCGCUCCAGCUGAAUCUGAACCUGGUCUUCAUCGCCGGAUGUCUCCUUGCAGCCGUUGGCAUGAUCAGUGCAGUGGCCUUGUACAAGGCCAGAGGGUCAAGGGUCAGAUACCAACCUUUGUCCACGUUUGAAAGUUAAGUCAACAGGCGGAAUUCCAAAUUCGGUACGACCUUCAUUCGACGAUGUAAAGCUUUGCCACCAGUGGACUGCUGGUGUUUCUUCUGUUUCAGCUUCAUAUGUUAACACCUCUAUACCUGUCUGCAGCUUCAAUGGUAGAAAUACUGAAUCUGAGAAGAGUUUGGGUUACUUCUGUGUCUUUUUAAGGGGAUUUUGUUCUUUUUUGCCAUUUUGAGUCCCAUUGAGGUGGUUUUGCUCCCUUUAAUAGUUGAUCACUCUCUUUGAGUCUCUACAUGUUUGACCCAUUCAGUAAGACGGCAUGAUUUAAUCAAUAGGUGCCACCCUAUCCAGUCAUUGUCAUGUCAAAGGUUAUCAUUACAUGUCAAAGGCUCUUUUAGUACUGGAACGUGUAAUUUAUGAAACACUUAAUGGAUCAAUAAAAGCCUAUUUUCUCCUGCA